UUAAAAAUGUUUUUCACAAAGGCUUGUCAACUCCAAAUACAACUAGUUAGAAAAUGCAGUGGCCUAUCGUCAUCAGUCAGAAUUAACGACUUGCUAAAUGAGUCAGAGCAAAAGCAGGACGUUAUAAUACAAGGAUGGGUUCGGCACGCUCAACGGUAUGGUAAAAUUCUUUUUCUAAAACUCAACGAUGGUAAUUCUCCGCAUCAACUCCAAGCAGUUGUGCCCCGAACAAUUUGUCAUACUAUCCAUGUUGGUAGUGCUCUUCGUUUGCGUGGGCAAUGGGUUCCAAGUAUAGGAACACAACAGCAAAUGGAAUUUUUGGCUGAACAAUGCAUAUUUAUAAAUGAGCCGAGUGAAUUUGUGGUAGAUUCGAAAGAUAAGGAUGCUCUUCGCUUAAUUCCUCAUCUAAGACCUAAAAAAUUAGAAUUUGCAUCGAUUUUAAGAAUGCGAUCUCAUCUCAACUUUUUAAUACAUAAAUUUUUUAAUGGCAGGCAUUUUAUUCAUAUUGAUACGCCAUUAUUUUCACAAAAUGACUGUGAAGGUGCUGGUGAGGCUUUUUCGGCUACUUGUUCAGAGGAAAAUUUUUUUGGCGAUACUAAGCCCUUUCUACCUGUUUCUGCACAGUUACACUUAGAAGCAAUGAGCAGUUCUCUUGGAAAUGUCUAUACAUUGUCGCCUGUAUUCCGUGCCAAUCCAAGUGAAACUCGUCAACAUUUGGCAGAGUUCAAAAUGUUGGAAGUUGAAUGUGCUUUUGCAGAUUCUCUCGAACAGAUUUGUAAUAUUGUGGAGGAAUUUAUACGUUUUUUAGUCUCAAAAACUGAGACAAUCCUUCAACUUGAAGAUUUUGAAAAGUCUUCGCCCUUUUGUCAUCAAAGUUCAAAUGAUGAAGAAAAAUCAGCUUCGUCACAGACCCUUGCUGAAUGUUUGGAUAAAAAUAAUACAUUAUUUCCGAGAAUAUCAUUCACUGAAGCAACUAAACUUCUCAGACGUCAACCAAAUGAAAGUAAAAGGCAGUUGAGUAAAAGGGACGAAUUUGAUCUUGUUGAUAUAUUUGAUGGUCCUUUAUUUGUAACUCAUUUUCCUUCAGAACAAAAACCAUUUUAUAUGCGACGCACAGAUGAUGGGAAGUUUACAGAAUCUUUCGAUUUGAUUGCCCCUUUUGUUGGUGAAUUAGCUGGUGGUAGUGUACGUGAAUGGGAUGAAGAACUAUUGACUGCAAGACUCCCAAAAGAAAAUAAAGAAAAACUUGAAUGGUAUACAGAAUUACGUCGCUAUGGUUAUCCACGAAGUGGAGGCUUUGGAAUUGGUGUUGAUAGAUUAAUGCAAUCACUUUUUGGUAUUAAGAAUAUAAAAGACACUAUACCGUUCCCUCGUUGGUCAAAGCAAACAAUUAAAUGUUGA